CAUGGUUGAAUCGACGACGUUUAGCUAGGAUAAUGGUGCAGUGGACUAUUCGCAGACAAGAUCUGGCGGGAGCCAAGGCGUCUUGCGGCGAGCGAGCCUCUUCAAGAGUCUUCUCGGAGGAGGGAAGCCUUCGGGACUGCCCUCCCAAUCGAGCGUUUCCCGCCAAAACCUCGGCCCACACCUUCAUCCGGCGCUGGAGCGCAUCAAGGUCCCAGCAAGCCGUCCAGUCGUAUCGACCUCUGGCGGCUCCGAACCCGACCGGCUCUAUCCAGCACAAUGCAGCCCAUUCGACAGCGCGAGAACAGCCGCAAGGACUCGCUGGGUCUGUGGAGAGCCGUUGCCCUGCAGGAUCAUUUCUCACGGUCGCUCCAUCUCGAAGGUUCAGGCCCGUCCCGUCGACUCGGGCAGACCGGCCCUUCGUCUCAGCACCAGUCGCUCCCGGCGCACCUCGAUCCGCUGCCGCCGAUACCGCCAGGUUCACGGCCAGCACCUGUGAUAUCGAUGCACAAGAAGCAACUCGCCAAGUGGAAGCGCGAGAAGCUGCAGCUGGAUCGGGCCGAAAGGCGGCUCAUGGCGAGUCUGCACCCCGUUCUUGACACCAAUGACAGCCCGCUGCAUCGGGCCGAAAGUGGAGCUGGAUCGUCGCUGGGGCCGGGGCUCGAGGGCGCCCCGUUUUUCGUCGAAAAGGACCGGACGCUGGAUGCCCAGAAGCAGGCCCCGCUGACGCUGGCGCAGAAAAUGGGGAUCGUCGACCGGCCCGCCGCCCUGCUCACCAACGCCGACUGGAAUCAUAUCAAGAUGACCUUCAUGACCCGAAACGAGUCAUCGUGCUCCAUCUGCCAGGACGAGUUUCGCACCGAGGACCAGAUCCUGCUCUCAUGCUCGCAUGUAUUCCAUCGGCACUGCAUCGAGUCGUAUGAGCGGUUUGUGGGGCAAAAGAUGUGCCCCAUGUGCCGGCAAGCCAACUACCAAAAGCGGCUCAUAUUCGAAGGCAAGCGGGCGUAUCUCAAUCGAGCAGCGACGAUGAUCCAGAAGACUUGGAGAAUGUGGAAGCUCCACCGGGCAUAUCUGCAAUAUCGCGAGUGCCAUCCUCCAACCGACCCAAAGCUCCUCCGAAAAUAUCAUCUGGACAAGCUCGAGCGACACUCACGCAAACUCGAGCAAGCUGUCCGCAGCGAAACAAAGGGCCUCGGAGCCUUCUUCCGGCAGCUGGAUGCGCAAGUGAGCCACUCGCGCCGAAUCAUCGAUCGGUCGACGCAGGAAUUCCAGCGGAUCCAGUCGCUGCCAACCCUGUCGGUCGAGGACUGGGAGCAGACUUAUCAAGUGGCCCUCGAUCGAGACAUGUGGGACUCGAACUGCACCAUCUGCCUCGGACCGAUUCGCCCAAGGGCCCACUCGAAACGGCCCAAAAGGCUGGCGCUGACGAGCUGCUCGCACGUCUUUCAUGAGCCGUGCUUGGAGUCGUUUGAGCGGUUCGCGGAUGCGGGCAGCCGGGUCUGUCCGGUGUGUCGGUCGCCGUACCAGCGGCAAGAGCUGCAAGCAUUCGAGGAGCCCCCACAUCCAUAAGCACCACACAUACCGGCCGAUGCGAGCGACCAUCUCGCCCCCGACGGACACUACUCGAAGCACUCCGACGGACACUACUCGAAGCACCCCGACGAACACUACUCGAAGCACGCCGACCAGAUCCCAGAAUAUUGUGGAGAGUAUCGGCCGGCGAGAUUAGCUCCCCACCUCGUCUUUGCUAU